UGCGCCACCCUCCCGGGACUGCCCCCGCUGCGCGCUGCUCUUUUCCUCCCGGCUCGGUCUGCGCGCCGCUUCUCCGCCGAGCAUGGGGCUGCCUCGGAGGGCGGGGGACCCGGCGGAGCUGCGCAAGAGCCUGAAGCCGCUGCUGGAGAAGCGCCGCCGCGCGCGCAUCAACGCGAGCCUGAGGCAACUCAAGGGGCUCAUCCUGCCGCUGCUGGGCAGGGAGAGCUCCCACUGCUCGAAGCUGGAGAAGGCGGACAUCCUGGAGAUGACCGUGCGCUUCCUGCAGGAGCUGCCCGCGUCCUCCGGCCCCGCGGCAGCACCCGCGCCCUCCGACAGCUACGGUGAGGGCUACCGCGCCUGCCUGGCGCGUCUGGCCCGUGUGCUGCCCGCCUGCCGCGUCCUGGAGCCCGCCGUGAGCGCUCGCCUGCUGGAGCACCUGCGGCGGAGGGCGGCCGGCACCACCCCCGACGGGGGGCGCGCUGGGGACUCCUGCGGCCCUCCCGCGCCUUCCCCGCCGGCCGCGCCUGCGCCCGCGCCCCCUGAACCUCCCCGCGGCCUCUGGAGGCCCUGGUAGCCCCCUAGCCAGUCCCCGGACCCUGCUGGCUGCAAGAGACCUGGGGCGCUGGGCAGACAGAGGAAACCCGUGGUGCCAGCUGCCGUUCCCGUCACGAGGUAGCAGCCCAGCAUCCACAGGCCGCAACCUGGAUGUUUGGGAUCCGUGUGGCGACUGAAGGCCAUGCUGGCUCAGCUUAAGGCAAUCAGUGGAGCAGCCCAGCCUCACCCCAACUUGGGUGCGUCUAGGUGGAGGUGAAGGGGGCAGGUGGCUGCAGAGGGAGGAAGGAGCCCCCCACCGCAGCGACUGGAGGUGGGCCCUGGUACUGCGCCAGCCAUGCUUGGGCAGCUGGCACCAGCCCAAAGACUGGGCCAGGAGCUCACGUCUAUUCUGACUGGUCACUGCCCUCCCAGUUGGGCCUGGCUCCUUAACAGCUCAGCUUUGGAACCUCUGGACACACAAUAGCAAUGGCCUGAGGGGCUCUAUGGGCCGGCAGCCAUCACCUCUGCUCCUGGGCUCUCCUGUCCCAUGCUUUCAGUUAUAGGGACCGGGUGCAGCCAAGGCUCUGUGUUGCUGGGGUUGGGGGCAUUGUAACAGGGCCUUGGACUUACUUGGACUUACUUCCCCAGCGUUAAGUUACCUCUAGGGGGUCUUGGGGUGUGAGGAAGGGGUGGGAUAAGGAGGGUGCCCUGUGGCCUCAAGGAAGCUUGUCGCUUGGAGGGCCUGGGCCCAGCAGAGUCCAUGCCAAUGUGAGGUGAGCAGGGCCUGUGUGUCACCCAGAGCGGCAGAAAUUCAGGGGAUAAGAACAAAUAAAGGAGCAGGGAAACACCUUUCCUCAUUUUCUCUUGCAAA